CUGAUUGGUUAGUCAAUAAGAUAUCAUUUAUAACCUUGAAACUAUUAUUUUAAAACUUUAUACAACAUUAAUAACAUUGUUCAAUAAUGCUUGAAUCUAAACAACAUUGGAACCGUUCAACUCUAUACAUAUUAAAUUAUGUCAACAACGAUUGAUUGUGUAUAUAGCAUGGAUAGAAUGAAUAAUUUAACGUUUAUAAGGAAAACACCUUAUAAAACUAUAAUAAUCAUUCUGACAACUUUAAUACUGAUUCUUUUCAUUAAACGGUAUAUUACACAUUAACAAUAUAAUGGAUAAUCUAUUUUAAGGAAUAAUUUUCAAAAUAAUAAAAAACUAGCCAAAACAGUCAAGAUCUAUUCAACAUUUGAUGAUUUAAAAAGAGAUUUCUUAAGGGGAAGAUUGAAGUUGAACACAAGUAAAGUGAAAGAAAUUGUUAUUUACGGGAAUAUGAUGGUGCCAGUCAAUACAAGAUUGAAUGAUUGUUUGAUAACCAAUUGUGUACUUCAUACAAUAAAAUCGCGAUUUAAUUAUGCUCAAAUGAUAAUUAUUACAGGAAGAAAAUUUCCUGAUGUUAAAUAUAAUAAAAAUCAAGUUUGGAUUGCCUAUCAUCAUGAAGCACCACCGAAUAGUCGUUUAAGUAAAUCUUUGGGAGAUAGAAUUAAUUUCACAGCUACAUAUAGGCUGGAUUCUACAAUUCGAGUGCCCUAUGGUGCUUUUGUACCGCUUCCUCCAAUCCCUGAAUACUAUGCUAACCCUCCAUUAAAACCUCGUGAUGUAGCCAGCAGAAAGCGUAAGACUGUAGCGUGGGUUGUUAGCAAUUGUUACGCUAAAAGUCCAAGAAAUUUAUAUGCUUACGAACUGUCAAAACAUAUUCAGGUUGAUAUAUACGGUAGAUGUACUCAAAGGAAGUGUACAAGAUUUAAUUGUUUUCAAAUGUUAAAAGAAGACUAUAAGUUUUAUUUAAGCUUUGAAAAUUCUCUCUGUCAAGAUUAUAUAACUGAGAAAUUUUUUGAUAAUGCUCUGAAAAAUGAUGUUAUCCCAGUGGUUAUGGGUGCAUCACUAGAAGAAUAUCAGAGAGUAGCUCCACCCAAUUCUUUUAUACAUGUUGAUCAAUUUAAUAGUCCAAAAGAUUUAGCCAGCUAUCUAAAUUAUUUAGACAAAAAUCAAACAGCCUUCAAUGAAUAUUUUAUCUGGCAACAGAAAGGAAGUGUAUAUCAAUUUCCUGGAAAACCGGAAUGUGAUUUCUGUCUACUUGCAAAUGCAUUACCCAUACUUAAACAAUCUUGGUAUCCUGAUUUGCAGUUAUGGUUAAAUAAUGGUUGCCAAGGCAGAAAAUUAAGGUGGAAAGGACAUGAAGCCAACUUCUCCGCAUAUGAAUGGUUUCGAAAUCUAACACACAUGAGUAUUACCAACAAACACAUAAUCUAAUUAUGUCAACUUAUUAUGAUAACGAAUAACAUUAUCAGGGAUUUAAAAGUUGUGCAAAUUUUUGUUUUAUAUUUUAACCAAGAAGGUAUGAAAUUGUUACGAAAAGAAUAAAGAAUUCUCAUGAA